ACAAAGCCAGCCAAUUAUUCAAAACAAUACAAAGCCAGUCAAUGGCAGCUUAGUAACUCAAAUCAGUCAAAUUGAAUUGAGAUUUUGGGUUGGUAGGUUCCGAUUCAUUCACUCGUUUACAGCGACUCGAUUCCAACCUUAUCUUAUAUUUUGCAGCUGAAUAAUGGAUUUUAGUACAAUGGAUCGUGGACAGUUGACCCUGGUAGGAUCGGCUGGUUGUGUGAUGCUCACGAUGCAUUUCACAGUCCAGUUAUUGUCGCAGCAUCUCUUUUACUGGAAGACCCCAAAGGAACAGAAAGCCAUAAUAAUUAUCAUUCUUAUGGCUCCAUUAUAUGCAAUUGACUCAUUUGUGGGUUUAUUGGAUAUUCAAGGAAGCAAAUCAUUUUUCACUCUCUUAGACUCGGUUAAGGAGUGUUACGAGGCUCUGGUGAUUGCCAAGUUCUUGGCUCUAAUGUAUAGUUACUUGAACAUAUCUAUAAGCAAAGGUAUUGUGCCAGAUGAAAUCAAAGGAAGGGAAAUCCACCACUCUUUUCCAAUGACUCUUUUUCAGCCACACACAGUUCGGCUAAACCACCAGACCCUGAAGCUACUCAACUAUUGGACUUGGCAGUUUGUUGUCAUCCGCCCAGUUGUUUCUGUUUUGAUGAUAACACUACAACUACUUGGAGUUUAUCCCAGUUGGUUGAGCUGGACCUUCACUAUCAUUCUUAAUGUCUCUGUUUCAUUGGCAUUGUACUCUCUGGUUGUGUUUUACCAUGUGUUUGCGAAGGAACUAGAACCACAUAAACCGCUUGCAAAGUUCAUGUGCAUCAAGGGAAUCGUUUUCUUCUGUUUUUGGCAGGGAGUGGUCCUUAAGAUAUUAGCUGCUAUCGGCAUAAUUCGGUCUCAUCAUUUCUGGUUGGAUGUGGAGCACAUUAAUGAAGCUAUUCAGAAUGUCUUGAUAUGUCUCGAGAUGGUUGUCUUCUCUGUUCUCCAGCAAUAUGCAUACCAUGUCGCACCUUACAGUGGAGAUGUCGAAACAAAGAUGAGAUUAAACGAGAAACACGAAUGAUUUGAAUCUUUGUGUACUAUCUGCAACCUCUCCACAAUAUAUAUAAAUGUCGUCAAACUAACAACAUUCAUAUUUAGUCAACUAUAUAUAUAUAUGUGUCUUUGCCUCCAAACUCAGAUGUUAGGUUUGAGACUGGAACUUCGAAAUGAGUCAAUUCACAUUUCUAUAUUCCUUUACUCCCUUCCCAACCAUCUCUUCAUUAUACUGGAAAGCAUUUCGUUCAAUAAACCACUUACUGGGGUUGAAACCUGGAUUUCGUAUAGGUACCGAGUCACUUGUACUAUCUUUGCGGACUUCUAAUGAUAAAUGCCCCUGCAGUGUUUUGUAAUCUCCCGCAACAAGAGAGAGCUAGCGGUCAUCGAAGCUCCGUAUAAACUAAGUUACUAAGAAGAAUAUUUGGCUGCUUUAAAAAAAAAUAAAGAGAAGACUAUUGACUGUAAUAUGUUGUCACACUCGUACACAAUAAUAUAUCCUUGACUUGAUGA